AAAAAAUCAAUUAGAUUUUUAAAAUAGUAAUAGCACUUUUAUUAUUUUAAAAAAUUCUUUAGAAGCGCAUCGUGCAACCAUGUGCCCCUCGCGCUAUUUAUCAACGCCUCUUACUUUCUGGUCUCUCUCACCUCCCCACCAUUUUCACACAAAUGGCAACCAAGACACUGUUCAUCGCUAUUCUCUUUCUCUUCUCAUUCUCCUUCACCAACACCGUUCGAUCCGACUCCGACGAUGACUGCGUCUACACAGUCUACGUUCGAACCGGUUCGGUUUUAAAAGGAGGAACCGACUCAAAGAUCGGAAUCAAACUAUACGACAAAUACGGUUACUACAUCUACAUCAAGAAUCUCGUUCCAUGGGGCGGGUUAAUGGGUUCGGGUUACAAUUACUUCGAACGCGGUAACCUUGAUAUCUUCAGCGGAAGAGGACCUUGCCUAGACGGACCCGUUUGUGCCGUUAACGUAACUUCUGAGGGUGACGGUGCACAUCACGGUUGGUACUGUAACUACGUGGAAGUUACUACUACUGGGCCCCACGUAUCGUGUUCGCAGGAGCAGUUCACGGUGGAGCAGUGGCUCGCGACGGAUACUAGUCCUUAUCAGCUGUGGGCCGUCAAGAAUCUUUGUCAUUAUAAGUUGGAUCAGGCCCGGCCCAGAAUCGGUUCAUCUGUUCACGAUAAAAUCGGAUCUGAGUUUUCUAUUUUGAAUGCUGGCGCGUGAGAAUUGUUUCUGUUGUAUGUUUGUUACUAUUUGAUUGGAUUCGGGUUUUACUGUUAAUAACCCGUUUGUGUUUCCUACUGUUUUCAAUAAUUAUUUUACAGAGAUUGCAAAUGAUAAAUGUUUCUUGAUCUAUGGUAACAAUAACUUGAUUGCGGUGUUUUUAUUUUA